GGAAAAAGCACUUUGAUGAAGAUAAAGAAGAUGAUGAAGAUAAGUCGCCUCAAGAUGCUUUUAAGUGUUUUUAUUUUAAUGUUGUAAUGGAUGCUUGUUUGGCUUCUUUGCAAAGUAGAUUUGAUCAGAUGAAGGUUUUUCAAGGUAUUUUUGGGUUCUUGUUCAAUUCACGGAACUUGAAAUAUUGGAUUCUGAUAAGUUGAGAGAUUGUUGUAAGAUACUUGCAGAAGCUCUACAAGAUGGUGAAAAGGAAGACAUUGAUAUGGAUGAUUUAUUUCAAGAAUUGAAAAUGUUGCAAAAUAUUUUACCGGAUGAUAGGGACACAGCCAUUAAAAUUCUUGAUUUUGUGAAGAACUUGUGUUGUUAUCCGAAUACAACAAUUGCUUACAAAAUACUGUUGACAAUACCUGUGACCGUUGCCACAACGGAGAGAAGUUUUUCAAAGUUGAAGAUUCUGAAGAAUUAUUUGCGAUCGACUAUGUCUCAAGAAAGACUGAAUGGACUAGCAAUUUUAAGCAUUGAGCAUGAGAUCUUGGAAAAGGCCCAACUUAGCUUCUCGCCCAUAGGCCCAAAAAAUUACAGGACCGGCCCUGCGUAUGAAUAAAAUGUUUUAAGGGAAAUGCUCUACUGGAUUGCUAUGUCUAGAAGGAUUAAAUGCUUCAAUAAGGUUGCAAGUGACCAAUAUUACCAAGCGCAUGGGACACAAGCUGAUAUCUCGAUCGGCUAAGAAGGCGUUGAUGAAAUUUCUAUACCACAUAUCCUCAGUUAUAGAGGAGAAAGAUAUUUUGAAGAUUCUUCUUUUACUGCUUGGUUAGGUUUGGAUUUGCAUUAUUUGUGCAAUUGGAUGCAAAACUAUUUUCAUGACUUUAUGUAAUUGGAUUUGUAUUCAGGUACAUAGAGUGGUAGGCUAUGCACUAUACCUCGUACUUUGUGUGUUAUCUAUUUUAGUUUCUUGCUAGUUUCUAACUUUUGUGUGUUGUAUGUCAAUUUUUGUGAAUGUGGGAUGGAUAAUUACCCGGUUAGUGGUUACUUUGGGAUACUCAGUGCAUUAAUUCCACUUUGUUUUCAUUUAAAUACAAAAUUUCUGAUAGUUGAAAUUAAAUUGUCUGCUAUAGCACCUCUAACACUACCCACAUUUCCCAUUGGGUGCAAUUACUUGUAAUAUUAAUAGCGUCAAAUACCUUUAUUUCAAGCACUUAAGCCAAAUGUUCCAAAAGUAUAUAUAUUUGCAUUUCCUUUUCCUAUUAUUAGCGUAUUAAGACAUUCAGUUUAUAGUCAAAAUUACGUAUGGAGCGAGAGCACUUGACCGAUCGAGAGGUGAAAGGUACGUAUGAUUCUGACUCUAUUUUUAAUUAAAUUAUGAGAGAGAAAAUUAAAAGAGCUGGAAAGAACUUAAUCUGAUUUCCAACCUUGUCAAGAAAUCCCAGAGCUAAUUAAUUCUCUCCAAAUCUCUUUUAUUAAUUUAAUUGAGAACCCCUUAUAUAGACAAUAAGAGUUUCCUAAAAAUAAUAGGAAGCUAGAUUGCUAUUCUAAAAGAAAUACGGAAUAUGAUGGAGGAAGACUAUUCCAAGUAGGACUAAUAAAUAUUAAAUAGUAAUACUAAUACUAUUAGAACUCUUCUGCUUGUUGGGCCUUUUUCCUUGGCCACUUUUCCCGUUAACUUCAUCUAUUCCUCUUUGACCUCUUCUUUUUGUAUGUCCGACCAAAAAUUUGGGCUGAGAUUCAAAUUAAUUGAAUUGGUUGUGUUCCUGUUUGAUUAGUAAAUUUUUUGCUCUUUGCAGAGUUCAGUAAACCUAACUUUUCUGAAGCUUCUUUUAACCAAAGGUAUCUUUGCUUCUGAUCUUUUUCAUUUGUAUCUCUCUUAUAUAAAGACUAAGAGAUUUAGAUAUACACAAACUUGUAAAAAUGAUGAACUUUGUCCCCCCAUGAUGGAGUAGCCAGUGUUCUAAAAGGCUCCUUAAGGUUUUUUCUAGACUUCUUUUAUAGAGUUUGGGGAACGAGGAUUGCUUCUCGCCUACCGGUGUGGGGAAGAAGAAUGGAAAAGGUUAAAAAUAAAAACUACGUACUUCGGAAGAGGCACUCAAAUUUGGUCACAACACCACCCAGUUCUCUUUCUUUUGCAAAGAAUUAAACUUUGUAAAUUAUUACUACGUAUAAUCUUAUAACCAGUACCAAAUACAGUAAUUCACUAAAAAACUAUAUGGAGUACUAUUUACUGUUAUUCUUAUUAAUAUGCUUAUAUGUUUACCUGUAUGUUUAGUAAUAUUAAUACUAUUGUGUUUGUAAUCCUUGUUAUUACGGAG